GUUCAAGGAAGACCCUCUUUUUGGUAAAGAAAGCCAUUUAUAGGAAAGAAACUAAUUAUUUGGAUAAAAAUUCAAUAAAAGAAACCCAAAAUAUGCCACAGCAUACACUAUUUCGUCCUUGCAUUGAUAUUCACAAAGGCCAAGUAAAACAAAUUGUUGGUGGAACUCUUGAAGAUGACGCUAGUGUACAAACAAACUAUGUAUCUUUGAAACCAAGCAACUACUAUUCUCAGCUCUACAAGGAAAAUCAAUUGCUAGGAGGCCAUGUUAUUAUGUUGGGACCUAACUGCGAAGAGGCUGCAAAGACAGCUCUCCAUGCCUGGCCAGGACACUUACAAAUUGGCGGUGGAAUCAAUAAUACAAAUGCAACAUUUUGGUUGGAACAAGGAGCUUCUAAGGUGAUCGUCACAUCUUGGUUAUUUCCAAAUGGUCAGUUUGAUUUGGAAAGAUUGAAAACCAUCUCGAAUCUAGUUGGCAAAGACCGUCUUGUCGUCGAUGUUAGUUGUCGUAGAAAAGGAGGUGGAUGGUUUGCAGCAAUCAACAAAUGGCAGACCGUGACAGAAUUUGGAAUUACAAAAGAGAACUUGGAUUUGCUGUCUGCCUAUUGUUCUGAAUUUUUGAUACACGCGGCUGAUGUGGAGGGAUUAUGCCGCGGUAUUGACGAGGAGCUUGUGAAGAAGCUGGGCGAGUGGGUAACCAUUCCUACCACCUAUGCUGGUGGUGGAAGAAAUAUUGAAGAUUUAGAUUUAGUGAACACAUUAAGUCAUGGAAAGAUAGACUUAACAAUAGGUAGUGCGUUAGACAUAUUUGGCGGGAACUUGGGAUUCGCUCGAGUCGUCGCUUGGAACCGACAAUUUGCUCCAUUGUCUCUCUAAGAUGAGACAUUUUUCUUUCAAAUCUCCAGAAUCGAUAGUCCGCUCUGCGAGAGUAGUUUCGGCACUCUUCUCGCUAUCCAACUUGAAUUGGGCAUGACGGCCCACGCUAGUAUGUUUAAUGAAGGGGCAGCGAACGACCAAAGACCACAGAAAUAUGGCGACUUUAUCUGUCCAUUUUCCGCUUGUGAUGAAAAAGAUAGACAUAACAAUGAGAACUGUGGGAGGAAUCCAGUUAUUCAAGUAAAUAGAAGUUGCUUGGAAGAAAUCGACUGGAACACGAUGCCAAAGACUCAUCAAAUAAUGAUCAACGGCCAUGAAUUUAUGUCCCUUACAGUUAACAAUGAGAAGGUAAAGAGUGAGUGGAAAGUAACCCAAGAAGAAAACGGCAUCUAAGAGGAGAAGACGGAGAAAGCGCUUGGAAGUGAGUUGAGAGUCGCGUUGAAAGAAUUGCUGAAGUUCCUUCUGGCGAUGCCAAUAAUAGUAAAGGAUUCUAGAGACGAAGAACAAACCACCGAGGGAAAGUAGACAAGGAGGAAGAUAAAAGAAAAUUAGUGUGUACACUGUUUGGUAGAAGGCAGGCAUGCAACCAUUCAUGCAGAUGACUACGUAGCGGUUGCUCUCCAUAGGAACCAUGAGGGCCAUAAUAACUAAAGGGAAUACGAGUGACAAUAAAAUCUGAAAGACCCAGUCUUGAAAUGGUUUUAAAGGACGAUCACUGCGAAUGACUUUGUCGAGGUAGAGAACCAGUGUGAAUGCAGAUGCUGGAAUUCCAAUGCUUGAACUUGUGAUAAUUCGAGACGUGAGAUCACAAAAACCAUAGCCAAGCCAUUUUGGCUCAGAUGUGUCAUGCCAUAUAGCAGAUUGUACGGCAUAGAUGAGUGAGCAGAUACAGACCCAAAACAACAGUAGCAAGCAAGGAAGGUUACGAGCACGCAUCUGCAUAUAAAACACUUGUACAGAUAGCACUAGAGAGAAGUAGGCAUAAACCUGAUAAAAGAUUGCGAUUGGAAGCAUUGCAAACAAAAUGAGAAUAAAAAAGAAUGGAAGGAAA